UUUGAGCCUUUGACUUUGAGGUUAAAUUUAAAAUCAGAACGAAAAAAAAAUUAAAAUUUGAGCUGUGCAACUUAAUAGAUUUAAUUAAAAAAUCACAGAAAAAUAUAUUAUUACUGAACAUUAACGAUAAGUCUCGCUCUCAGUUUCAUUAAGUUACGGGCCCUUGCCUUACCUACAAGUAAUUACUGACGUAAAUAAUUACGUUGGAUGGGUUCGAAGGUGUUUACUUGUGCAAGUACAGUGAUUUGAUUUCCUGAAUCAUUCUCACAAGGGGACUUCUACACAUUGAUUCACGACAGUAUGAUCAAUAGCCGCUGCCUGUUAGUGUUAAUAAAAUAACAUUUCCGUAUUUGCGCCGUGUAGUUGUGUUUUGUGAAAUAUUAGUUAAAAUGUUGAAUAAAGUGAAACUGGUGUUGUCGAAGACGAACCGUUGGCAUCGAGUGCUGCUGAUAUUCGCGCUGGUGGAGUCCAAGCUGUUUCCCGGCGGCAAGGUGGGUUUCCGCUGCAACGACCCGGCGCUGUCCUACCCCUACACUGGCGACACCGUCAGCUGGAAGUGGCUGAUGGCUAUCACACUGCUGAUACCACUUUUGGUGAUGCUCAUAGUAGAAAGGCAGAGGGACAAGCUGCAGAUAGCCAAACAGAACGCGCUGCGCUGGUACAAAGAGUAUGUGUUCGGCUUCCUGCUCAACCUGACACUGGUGCAGACUGUCAAGUCCAUCGUCGGCUCGCCCAGACCACACUUCUUUGACACUUGUCAACCUAAAGAGGCUGACACUUGCGAAGUUUCCGAGUAUGUGUCAAGCUAUACCUGCACGAAAGCUUACUGGCUGAGCCAGUCCGAUCGCAGCUUCCCGUCAGGACACACAUCACUAGCCUUCCACAUGGGCAUAUUUGUUGUGUACUACUUGAGCCAACGCGCGCGGCACGUGAACGCGCGCGCCGUGCUGUCGGGGCAGGCGCUGUGCGUGUCGAGCGCGCUGUGCUGCGCCGCGUCCCGGCUCACCGACCACCGGCACCACUGGUGGGACGUGCUGGCGGGCGCGCUGCUCACCGCGCCCGUGCUGCUGUACACUGUGAGUAGUGACACACACACGCGCCUACACAACACACGUGUCUGUCAGUACAUGAGCCAACGCGCGCCGCGUCCCGGCUCACCGACCACCGGCACCACUGGUGGGACGUGCUGGCGGGCGCGCUGCUCACCGCGCCCGUGCUGCUGUACACUGUGAGUAGUGACACACACACGCGCCUACACAACACACGUGUCUGUCAGUACAUGAGCCAACGCGCGCCGCGUCCCGGCUCACCGACCACCGGCACCACUGGUGGGACGUGCUGGCGGGCGCGCUGCUCACCGCGCCCGUGCUGCUGUACACUGUGAGUAGUGACACACACACGCGCCUACACAACACACGUGUCUGUCAGUACAUGAGCCAACGCGCGCCGCGUCCCGGCUCACCGACCACCGGCACCACUGGUGGGACGUGCUGGCGGGCGCGCUGCUCACCGCGCCCGUGCUGCUGUACACUGUGAGUAGUGACACACACACGCGCCUACACAACACACGUGUCUGUCAGUACAUGAGCCAACGCGCGCCGCGUCCCGGCUCACCGACCACCGGCACCACUGGUGGGACGUGCUGGCGGGCGCGCUGCUCACCGCGCCCGUGCUGCUGUACACUAUCGUUUAUUUGUGCAAAAACUUUGAAUGUUCACCAAAGAGCGACGUAACAACUGAUGACCAAAGAGAAGAAACCUCAGAUAUUACGAAUGAGACUCCCGUAGAAAUUAAAUAGUAUUAGAAGUAUUAUAAAUACUUCGACUGUAUAACAGUCAUAUUGUAGUUAUAAAAUUGUAUAGUUUGUCUAUGUUUGGAAGCCUCUUUAGCUUUGGGUGUAGUGGUAAGGUGUACAGACAAGCGUUUGAUAGUAGGGGUCUACGUGAAGAGGACAGGCAAAAAGUCGAUGUUUCUUAUUUCAGAAGUAUUCUGUAACCACUAUAUUAGAAAUAUAUUUUAUACCCAUAUAUAAUCCCGUAAUUCUGUAACCAAUCCCUAUAUUAUAAAAAAUAUUUGAUACCCAUACAAAGGACUUUUUAUAUGGGUAUCAAAUAUUGUCCUAAUAUAGUUACUGGUUACUGUAUUAAGGGACUUUUAAAUUUUGAAACGAAUCUUUAAAUUGUACAUAGAUAAAUUACCUUACCAUUACAUCCAAAGACAAAUGACUUCUCUAAAUAGAUUGACUUUAAAAGCACUAUUUUUAUAAUCGAGUAUUUAUAAGAUUUUAAUGUAUUGGUAUUGUGAUUUCUGACUAAGUUUUUCAAAACAAAUUUUAUAUAAAAAAUAAUAUUAUGUAAUUGCAUGUGUGUACCUAGUUAGGUACAGUCUAAAUAUACCGCUAAAACCAGACCACAGUCAAUUUAUACUCAGAGGCACAAUUAUCCGCCGACCUUAUUAUACGCGAGUGUACUAAAGUGGGCGGAUAGUUGUGCCUCUGAGUAUAGAUAUUAGUGAUUGAUCCGAGAUAUAGUGCUAAGCCCUACAUCUCCUCAUAUAAGGAAAGGUCCUAGCUCUGUAGGGCUCCGAAAUUAUAAUUUUUUUUAUACGCGAGUAUAUUAAAGUGGGCGGAUAGUUGUGCCUCUGAGUAUAGAAAUUAGUGAUUAGUGCCUAAAUCUCCUCAUAUAAGGAAAGGUCCUAAUCUCCUCAUAUAAGGCUCUGUAGGGGCCGAAAUUAUUAUUUUUUUUUUUUUAUUCUUCACAAGUUAUUUAUUUUUUUCUGCUGUAAAGCAUUAUAUGCACAACUGUACACUGAAAAUAUAUAUUCUAGGUAUAUUCAUAGUUUAUUUAUUGAUCAUAUUUUUUGAAGAAAUGUUAGUCAAGCGAAGCUUGUUUAUUUAAAGAUUGUAUUAUUUAUAUAACUCCUAGUCCAUUUGUGAUAAGUUACUAAUCAUCAUCAAACAAAUUAUUCUUUACCAAUGGCUAGACCAUUGGCAAAAUAAUCAGAAUUAGAAAAUACCUUCACCCAUCUGUUUCAGGGAUGCAGACCAGAAUUUGAAAUUAAAUUUGGUUUGUUAUAUUGCAAUUAGGUUGCCUAAAAAUUCCUGGUCAAAUAUAAACUAUUAUAUUCAUGAUGGUUCUGUCAGGAGUUUUAGGCAACCUAAUCACAACAUAUUGUUUAAUAUGUCAUCAUCAUCAUCAUCAUAUCAGCCGAUGGCCGUCCACUGCAGGACAUAGGCCUUUUGUAGGGACUUCCAAACAUCACGAUACUGAGCCACCUGCAUCCAGCGAAUCCCUGCGACUCGCUUGAUGUCGUCAGUCCACCUGGUGGGGGGUCGGCCAACACUGCGCUUACUAGUGCGGGGUCGCCAUUCCUGCACUUUGGGACCCCAACGUCCAUCGGCUCUUCGAACUAUGUGCCCCGCCCAUUGCCACUUCAGCUCCGCAACUCGUUGAGCUAUGUCGGUGACUUUGGUUCUUCUGCGGAUCUCCUCGUUUCUGAUUCGAUCACGCAGAGAUACUCCGAGCAUAGCUCGUUCCAUCGCCCGCUGUGUGACUCUGAGCCUUCUUAUGAGGCCCAUAGUCAGCGACCAAGUCUCGGAACCAUAGGUCAUCACUGGCAACACGUACUGUUCGAAGUUCGUUCGUUUAAUAUGUAGUAGAUACUAAUUAGAAAUAACCUUCACCUAUCUGUUUAUGGGAUGAAAAGUUUGUGAAGUUUUAGUAGUACAUAUUAAACUAUAUGUAGUGAGUUUGCCUAAUGUAAAAUGUCAUGUUUGACGACAUGGCUAAGAUAAUUAUAGUGAUAUAUCGUUUUUUGCCUUUACUUUACCAUGAGGGUAUUUUCCAAAAAGGCUUGUUUAAUAGCUAUAUUUUUAUGUACACUAUUUAUAUACUAAUAAUGGAUAAGUAGACUUAUAGGCAAGUUCGUUCAUGACACUCCCAUGAUGUGCGGGCGACGGGAGGGGAAGGACUGCGCGGGGCAUCGCAACCCCCCUCCCGGCCCCUAUGGACCAUUGGGAGUGUUACGAACGAAUUUGCUAAGCUAUAGCAAGCGUCAACGACACCGUGACGAGAAAAAGACAAAUUUAGACCAAUAGAGCAGAGUCGAAAAUAUCGCUAUCUCUGCAAUAAAAGAGAGUGAUAUUUUCAAACUCGACCGCUAUUGGUCGAUAUUUCUCUUGUCUCGAUAUGUUAGUAGCCGUGAUAGCCCAGUGGAUAUGACCUCUGCAUCCGAUUCCGGAGGGCGUGGGUUCGAAUCCGGUCCGGGGCAUGCACCUCCAACUUUUCAGUUGUGUGCAUUUUAAGAAAUUAAAUAUCACGUGACUUUAACGAUGAAGGACCUGCAUACCAAAAAAUUUUCGUAAUUCUCUGCGUGUGUGAAGUCUGCCAAUCAGCAUUGGGCUAGCGUGGUGGACUAUUGGCCUAUCCCCUCUCAUUCUGAGAGGAGACUCGAGCUCAGCAGUGAGCCGGUUAUGGGUUGAUCAAAUCAAAUCAAUAUGUUGCGGUGUGCAUAUUAGACCUAAUAGAGAACCAUUUCAAAUGGUUAGAGAUAUUUGUCACCUUUAGGUACAUUUAUAUUUUUAGUAACUACGCUAUUCAUUUAUUUUCCAGUGAUGGAUAGUAUAAUUUUCUACUUUUUAUAAGGGUAUGACUCUUUUUUUACAUUCCUUAUAUACAUAUAUGAAACUAUUUGCUAAAUGUCUAUCUAUUUUGUACAUGUUGUAUGUUUGUGAUAAUUAUUAUUUAAAAGCUGGUAGAUUUUUUUUGUAAAUGGCAACUAAGUGUUAAUAUAAUCUACCAGCUCUCUGCCUAUUCAGUGAUGAAAAAUAAAAACAUAUCUAAAAUU